AUGAGACAAAAAGCAAAGGUUAACAUGGAAAAGACUUUAUCUUUUACUUAAUCUUCUUUUACAUACAAGGAUCCCUAUAACCCCAAGGGAAAUAUUUUAUACAAAGCUAAAAAUAAGGUCUAGACAUUCUUCUCACUCAGAAAUAUGGAAAAUGAAUUCAUUGAUUUCAAAACUUUCCACUUAGACACCCAAUUCAGAGAAAUCUACUCGGAUCUUUACAACUCCUAUAGAAGAGGUGAUAAGGUUAUCCUUCAAAGAUCACUAUCAGAAUCUAUGUUUGAGUAUACUAAAGCCCUUUUAAAGGAGAAGAGACCUAAUCCCUUCCAUAAAUCAAUAAAAUCUCUUCAUGUUGUGUAGGGUAGAAACUAUGCGGAAACAGAUCACUUGUUGCCUGAAGAGCAGUGGGCUUAGUUGACUUUUAAGUUCUAUACUAUUGAUCAAGAUGAUAAUAAGAAGGUGCAGUAUAAUGUUUUCGAGAGAAGACUAGCUGAUAAGCUUAGCUAUUUCGACUGGAAACUCAGCUAUGUGAUGGAUGAAGAAGACUUUCAGUUUAUUCAUGAUAAAGGCUCAAGUCUCAAACUUAACUCUAAUGCCAAAGAAGCCAAGCAAUCUGCAUUAUGA